GUGUUCGUCUCCUCUCCUUCCGUUCAUCAGUGAGAAGAAAAAAACAACUCGCGGCUAUUGAAGAUUCGCUGACCCCUUCUGCUCUGCUCUGCUCUGCUCUACAAUCGCGACGAAGAACAUCCCUCCUUGAUUUGCAGGUGGCGUGGCUGUUGCAUUGCUGAUUAGUGGGGGGUUCUUUCUUUAUUUAUCAUGGGUUGGAAAGCAGCUCAGAAGCUCAUCCAGAAUUGGAAGAUUCUCAGGGGAGACAAUGUGAUGAUAAUUAGGGGAAAAGAUAAGGGCGAGACUGGUGUUAUAAAGCGGGUGAUCCGCUCUCAAAACCGUAUUAUUGUUGAGGGCAAAAACCUGGUCAAGAAGCACAUCAAGCAAGGCCAAGGUCAUGAGGGUGGGAUAUUUACAGUAGAAGCGCCUCUUCAUGUCUCAAAUGUCCAAGUCGUUGACCCAGUAACAGGGAAUCCCUGCAAGAUUGGAGUUAGAUACCUCGAAGAUGGCACUAAAGUGAGAGUUUCAAGAGGUCAGGGAGCAUCCGGUUCCAUAAUUCCUCGUCCUGAGAUAUUGAAGAUAAGAACUACUCCACGACCGACAGUUGCUGGGCCGAAGGAUACUCCAAUGGAUGUUGUGUUGGAGAAGACAUACGAUGCCAAAACAGGAAAAGGCAUGCCCGACCUUUAAGCAAACUGGUUCAAGAGGUUGUAGUGAAUGUAGGAGCCUUAGUCACAUCCUUUCUCAACGGAUUAAACUGUGCCAGAUACUUUGUUUUGGAGGGAAUAAUUGGAACACUUUGCAUGAAUGUUAAUACUAUUUUGAUCUGAAGUAAGUCUUGUCUUUGGCUAA